UGAAUGUAUGAUUGAUUGUUAUUCAAGGUCGAAGAGAAGCUGUUUUUCUAAAACCCUCGCUCGUCUGGUGUUAAGAUAGCCUCAUCCACCGGCCACCAAUCUUCGCACCAUGAGCCGCUAUGACAGUCGGUCCGGCGAUCCAACUUCCUAUCGUGACCGGAGAAGUGAUUCGGGUUUCGGUGGCUCCGUCCGGUCCUCGUCCAGCAAAAAAGAUUAUGAUGGUGGCGAGUCACCAAAAAAGUUUGACUUGGAGGGGCUGUCUCAUUUCGAGAAGAACUUUUAUGUGGAGUCACCGACUGUGGCAGCAAUGUCUGAGAGAGACGUUGAGGAGUAUCGCCUGAGGAGGGAAAUUACAGUCGAAGGCCGUGAUGUACCAAAACCCAUUAAGGAUUUUGGUGACAUUGGGUUCCCGGAGUAUGUUUUGGAAGAAAUUUCAAAAGCUGGUUUUGUUGAGCCUACACCCAUUCAAGCUCAAGGAUGGCCAAUGGCUCUCAAGGGCCGGGAUCUUAUUGGCAUUGCUGAAACUGGAUCAGGAAAGACACUUGCCUAUCUUUUGCCGGCAAUUGUCCAUGUCAAUGCUCAGCCAAUACUAUCUCCUGGAGACGGUCCUAUCGUGCUAGUCUUGGCUCCAACUCGUGAACUUGCUGUUCAAAUACAACAAGAGGCUACCAAAUUUGGGGCAUCUUCGAAGAUUAAAAGCACCUGCAUUUAUGGUGGGGUUCCAAAGGGACCUCAAGUUCGUGACCUCCAGAAAGGGGUUGAGAUUGUAAUUGCCACACCUGGGAGGUUAAUUGAUAUGAUGGAAUCACAUCAUACAAAUUUGCGAAGGGUCACAUAUCUUGUCUUAGAUGAGGCUGAUCGGAUGCUAGACAUGGGUUUCGAUCCUCAGAUACGAAAAAUUGUUUCUCAGAUUCGCCCAGACCGUCAAACAUUGUACUGGAGUGCUACCUGGCCAAAGGAGGUUGAACAAUUGUCCAGGCAGUUCCUUUAUAAUCCGUACAAAGUAAUUAUAGGAUCCCAAGAUUUGAAAGCAAACCAUGCAAUUCGCCAGCAUGUUGAUAUUGUUUCUGAAAAUCAGAAGUAUAAUAAAUUAGUGAAGUUGUUGGAGGAUAUUAUGGAUGGGAGCAGAAUACUAAUUUUCAUGGACACCAAGAAAGGAUGUGAUCAGAUCACACGGCAACUUCGAAUGGAUGGAUGGCCUGCCCUCUCUAUUCAUGGAGAUAAAAGUCAAGCAGAAAGAGAUUGGGUUCUCUCGGAGUUUAAAGCUGGCAAGAGCCCAAUAAUGACUGCAACUGAUGUUGCAGCUCGUGGUCUAGACGUGAAAGAUGUGAAAUAUGUUAUAAAUUAUGACUUUCCGGGAUCCCUUGAGGACUAUGUUCAUCGCAUUGGUCGAACUGGACGAGCAGGUGCCAAAGGAACAGCAUACACUUUCUUUACCGCUGCUAAUGCCAGAUUUGCAAAGGAUCUUAUUAACAUACUUGAGGAAGCCGGACAGAAAAUCAGUCCGGAAUUAGCAUCAAUGGGGCGUGGUGCACCUCCUCCCCUUUCAGGUCAUGGUGGUUUUCGAGAUCGUGGUAGAGGUUAUGGUGGAAGCCGCACAUGGAGUUAAGAGCUGUGGUUGCUGUGGAGAGAAAUUCAGAGUCAUGCCAAGUCAAGGUUUGCAAUUAACUAGAGUAAAUGCCGGAAAACUUGUAUGAAUCUAGAGGGUAGGUUUACAGAUACCUUUUUCCCCAUUGGACAUAGUAUCUUUCUGCUUUGUUUUUAGCUUAAGCUUCACAAACUGUAGAAGUUGGGUAGUUAGUACCCAAAACGUGUAAGAUAAAAACAUUUGUUCAUACUAUUACAAUUUCAUCUACAGGUUCCAAACAAAAUUUUCUUUCA